UGAAACAUGGUGUAAACGAAAAGGUUUUCUUUAAUGAUUAGGGAACCGGGAAAAUCUGGAUGAAACGGAUGUCAUAAAGAUGAUUAGGCCUACUUAAACAAGUCUUGUGCAUAAAGAUAAAACCACAGUACAAGUAAAUAAUUAAAACUCACCCCUUCAGCUAGUAUCUGAGUGACUUUUAUCAUCUGAUCCUAGCUAUUGACUAAAUAUGGAUGAAACAUCCAGAUGAUAUUGGCUGUGAGGAACCAACUGUGAAAGUGUUCCAAUAAAUUAAUUUUUUUAUUACUGACAAUGGAGAACUCACUAGACAACAGUGGAGAAAUGUCACACGAACAGGAUGAAAUGCCAUGGGGAGAUUUCAUUGCAAACAAUGAUAAUCACAAAGAUGUACACACAGUUCUAGCUGGACAGCAGAACUGUCAUACUUGCUCCGACGAUAUUGAAAUUAAUGGAAAUGUUGAGCCUGAGUUGAAUAAUGCCUACACAGCAGAGCUGAAUAAUGCUUACACAGCAGAGUUUGAUAAUGCUUACACGGCAGAGCUGAAUAAUGCUUACACGGCAGAGUUUGAUAAUGCUUACACUGCAAAACUUGAUAAUGCUUACAUGGCAGAGCUGAAUAAUGCUUACAUGGCAGAGUUUGAUAAUGCUUACACAGAUUCUGUGACCAGUGCAACGAGCUCAACGUAUCUCAUUAAGCCCACAAAAAAUAAUGAGGGAAGCCCUAACACCACAGAUGUUUAUUCCGAUAUUUUUACAAGUCCUGCUGACACCAGUGAAGACGGUUCUAAGUACAUGGAUGAAAUGAAACAACUUGCUGGAGAGAAUGUUGAAGAGUACCAGUCUUUGCUUCCUUGUAAUCAACUCCCAAACUCAAACAUGUCUCAGAAAAAUUAUAAUCCUGAAAUUAUUUUAGCAACUGUAAGUGAAUAUCUAGAGAAAGAAAAAAGCCCUGAAAAUGUUCUCAGUGUAGUCUUAUGUGCCAACUAUGUUCUGAUCCCCAGUGACCCUAACAAGUUGACAGAAACAUGCCCUCAUUCAAGCAUGGUUAGUCUUACUGAAACCGAUACUUUCUGGCUUGACAAAAGAGCAUCACCAAUGCAGAAUCUCCAAGAGAAUUCAGGUUUUCUGGAUCUAUCUGACAUUUCUAAAGUAGGCAGAGCUUGUCAACAUGCUUUGAUCUACCUCAAAGAUGACCUUACCUUUGGUUCUCUGAGCAGCCUUGCAUAUAGAGACUCCAGGGAAGUGUCUAGCCAGAUUGAAAACAUGAAAUACAAAAUGAUAUCCAGUGAGAGAUAUGUUCGCAAUUUGAUAGCUCUGAGUGUUGUUAUAACCCUCAUGUUCAUUGCUAUUGGAUCAGUGAGGAAUCUACAAAGCAGCUUAAACCAGGAAGGGGGUGUGGGGAUCGUCUCCAUGGCCGUCAGCUUUGUGGGCUACAUGCUGGGCAGCGUAGUCAGCAUUUCUCUUGUCCAGACUUUUCAGCCGUCCAGGUGUAUUGUGGUCAGCUUGUUUCCCAACCUGCUGUAUAUUGGCUCCAACAUCUACCCCAGCAUGUGGCUAAUGGCGCCCACCUCAUUUCUACAAGGUGUUUCCAUGGCUGUCAUCUGGAAUGCCAUGAGUACUUACAUUACCUUGUUAUCAAAAGGGCAAGCACAAAGGAAAAGCUCAAGCUUUGAGAAAGUAUCCAGUAAUUUUUUUGGUGUAUUUUGCCUCAUUUAUCAAAGUUAUCAUGUUAUUGGGAACUUAAUUUCUUCAUUAGUAUUGCAUUCAAUAGACACAGGUGUUCCAUUUUCAAAUUCAUCAGAUGUAAAUAAUCUCUCUUUCAAUAUCUUUCAAGAAAAACCACAUGAGGUAGCCUCAGUACUGCCUGUUGAUGUUAGUGCUGGUCUGUUUGAUUUCACAGAAAAGAAAGUUCAGACUACUACUGUAGAUUCAAAUGAGAUAGCACUCUGUGGAGCAUCCUUUUGUAACUACUAUAGAGUGGGAGGAGCACUUUUAAUCAACAAUGAGACCAAGUGCAUCUUGUUUGGUACCUACAUGGGGUGUAUAGUCCUGGCCAUUUUCAUCGCAGCCUUGUUUCUAGAACCUCUGAGUGAGCAUGCGUUCACCGCUCCACAAAAACCUUUACAAAAGAUGAAGGAUCAGAUGAUUUCCUUAGCUCAUUUUGUUAAAGACAGCAGAUUUCUUCUGCUCCUGCCUCUACAAAUGUAUUCACUGAUGCAGUUUGGAUUCAUCUCUGCUGAUGUUACAAUGGCCUUUAUUACCUGCCCUCUUGGUGUCCACAUGGUUGGCUAUGCCAUGAUUUGCUUUGGUGUUUGUGGGAGUAUCAGUUCUUACCUCAGUGGACUUCUCAACAAACAUGUUGGACGAGUCACAUUAUUUACUACUGCUGCCAUCUUUAACUUCUGUGUUCUGAUGUUUAUGAGCCAGUGGCAACCAAACCAUGACUCGCUGGUUCCGUAUUUUGUCAUGAUUGGUGCGUGGGGAGUGGCAGACGGCAUAUGGAUCAGUCAAAUCAACUGUCUGGUGGGAACAAUUUUCCUUGAAAAGUAUGAAGAGGCUUUUGCUGGACUGCGCAUUGCUCAAGGUCUAGGUGUGGCUAUUCUAUUUGGAUACUCCAGUAGCUUUUGUAUGAAGUUUAAAGUUUACAUAAUGCUGGCUGCAUGCAUAUUCUCCCUGACUUCAUACUUGGCAAUGGAGGUGAAUUUGAAGCUCAAAGAAAACAAAAAAGUAAUGGUUCUAAAGAUAAGGGAGACAACUGCUUAAGUUUAAUGUUUAUUGAUGAAAAAAUUAUCUCUGAAAAUAAAACCAUUUCAAAACUUUAAAAAAAUGAUUUAUACUAUUGCUAUAAGUUUAAAAAAUAGCUCACAAUGUGUGUAACAUUAAAUCAGAUUAAAUUUAAUUCAGAAACUAUCUAAAGCAUACAAAACCAAAGCAAGCCCAUUUUUUCGCUCUACAUAUUUUAAACCAAUUCCACUUUUCUUCUGCUGAACUUUUUUACGUUAACAUCCUAUAUUACUGUCUAUAUUGCUAAGCUAUGUCUACCAUUCCAGAUUACCACUUUUACGCAUCCAGCAAAUUUUAAAUGUAAUUUGAAGGUCUACACUUUUUACUCACAGUAUUCUGUUAUAUAUGGUUACUUUUAUACAGAUAUUUCCAUGACUAUCUAAAUACAUCAAUUUCGAAUAACUUUUUUGGGAUACUGGGUUUUCUUCUGUCUCACUAUUUUCCUGUGCAAUUUUUUUAUUAUGACAAGAUUACAUCACUAGAAACCGAAAUAAAAUGAAUCAACAAAAGAAAACUAUUCAUAAUUUAUGAAAAGACUUAUGAUUGAUAGCCUUUUUGCUGUGCCUAUUAUAGAAUUUUUAUGCUGAAUAUUUAAGUUAUACCAGUUGCCUGUUAUUUCUAAUGUAUCAUAUAAUUGUAAAUUAUAUAAAAUACUUACUUGCAAUAAUUUUUGUUGUUGUAAUUAAGCUAAAUUUCUGUCUAUGGAGUGUAUACAUUUACUAAGACACUGUAAAUAUGUUUGACUUUAGUAUGAGAUUAAACAAGUUUUUCCUUUUAUGUACAUAAUUUUGCAUGUUCAUUGUGCAAUGUCAUGAAAAAAAUCUCAGCAUUAACUAUUUUUAAUUUUAAAAACUAUGUUACCUCUUUUAUUUGUUUCUUAGCAUCUAAAAAUGUACAUAUUAAAAUAUAUCAGUAGGUUUUGUUUAAAUAACAGCAUGCUUUUAAAAAAAAAGCAUAGCAUUUUAGUUGCGUACUCUAUAAUUUGUGUGUUGUCUUUAUCAUUUAUAAUUAUUCUGGAUGAUUAUCUUUUAGAUACAUAUAGCCUGUAUACAUUCACCAAGAUGUAGCUCUUUCUGUAGACACAUUUUUUCUUAUUAACACUUUAGUCUUUUACUAGUUUUACACUCAUAAAUUAAAAAAAUAAUAGUUAACAGAAGAUUAAAGUUCCUAUAUUUUAUUUAGUGCAAAUGAUAAUCUUUACUAAAAUUGUAUUAACAUUUUUUUUGUUGCAUCUGAUAUUUACUUGUUAUAUUUAAUAGUUUAUUAGUAGGAAUAUUGUUUUUGUGUUAUUGUUGAUAUGGUUGUGACUUUUGUUUGUAGGCAAAUCAAUUUGUUACUGUACUUUACUUUUGACUCUUGUAAUUAAUUAAAGUAUUUAAUUUUA